GAGUGGAGCCCUCUGCGACUUGGUUGUAUCUAGUGAGCUGUGUGUAGUUGUAUCGAAUUUUACUGUACUGUGUAUAUGUGUAUGUAUCAGUGUGUGUAAGAGAGUGUGUGUUGACAGAUUGGCCUGUGUGUGAGUGCGUGUACACUUUUGCCUGUGUGUUUGUCAGUAUAUGUAGGAGUGUGUGAGUUUACAGGUUUGUAUGUGUGUAUGUGUUUGUAUGUGUGUAUGUCUUCUUGUGCGUAUGUGUAUCCCUGUGUGUAUGUGUGUAUGUGUCUGACGUGUGUUUUUCCAGCUUUGCUUGUGUGUAAGUAUGCGUGUUUUGUGUGAAUCUGGGUGUUUGUAAGAGUUUGUGAGAGUAUAAGUUCACUUCUGUGUAUUUCUGUGUGUAUGCCUGUGUGUGUGCCUGUGGCUGUGUGAGUGCCCGUGUGUGUGUGUGUGUGUGUGUGUGUGUCUGUGUGUGCACGUGCCCAUCCCCCUUUGCCCCUUGUAUCUAUAUUACCUGCACCUCAGUGCAAGAGAGUGUAGAGGCCAGAAGUCACCCCGGCUGCUGUUCCUGAGGUAGCAUUAGUACUGAUAAAAUGCCUACAGAGACUGAGGAGGAGUUACCAACCCCUACACCCGAGCCCAGUAUCUCUGAGGAGGGCAACUUCCAUUCCCAAUACCAAGUACUGGGGACAAUUGGGCAAGGGGGCAACGCCAAAGUCCUCCUGGCCCACCACCGGCUCACAGGAACCCCGGUGGCUGUCAAAGUUCUGCGAAAGGACAAGCAGUGGUUCCAGCCAGCCAUGAUGGAAGCAAACAUAAUGAGAAAGAUCAACCACCCCAACAUAGUGUCUCUCAUACAAGUUAUUGAAAAGGAAAUGAGAAUAUACCUCAUAAUGGAGCUGGUGGAAGGCCAAGAACUCUACCAGUACAUCAGAGAGUCAGGGCACAUAGAGGAGGAUGAGGCCCGGCAAAUAUUUGAACAGAUAUUGUCAGCAGUGAGCUACUGCCAUGGAAAGGGGAUUGUUCACCGAGACCUCAAACUGGACAAUAUAAUGAUUGAUAAAAACAAAAAGGUCAAAGUCAUCGACUUUGGGCUUAGCACCCAAUUUCAACCUGGAAAAAUGCUAAACCACCACUGCGGCACGUGCUCCUUUGGUUCCCCUGAACUCCUCCUUGGCCAUCGGUAUGACGGGCCGAAGAAUGAUAUGUGGAUUAUAGGAGUGGUCUUGUACUGUAUGGUAGCGGGAAAGCUCCCAUUUGAUUCAGUGAUCAUCCAAGAACUGCAAAGACAAGUAGUGGCAGGGGUAUAUCCUGCUCCCUGUGGGGUUUCAAAAGAACUGGAGGACCUCCUUAGUAAAUUACUGAGGGUAAAUCCCAACUUUAGACCAACAGCAAGAAAGGCGAUGAAACACCCUUGGUUCAAAGAACACUGGAACGGAUUGAUAGGUCCCUAUGAAGAACUGCUUCCCCUCACACCAGACCCGGCCAUUUUGGAUGCCAUGAAAAGCAUUGGAUUCCAAGCCUCUGUAGUAAAACACUCUUUAAAACAAAGAAAAUAUAAUGAGGAAAUGGCAACUUAUUUCUUUCUACAAAAGCAGGCUCUCCAGGGGGAUGGCUGCACAGCCCAGGCACAGCAAGUGAGUCCCGUUGCAGCCCCAUUCCCUAGCCUUGAUCCUGCUGCUGCUUUUAGAUUAGAACCAAAGAGGAGUGGAAGCCUGCCAGUCCUUGGCACCUUGCGGGUGUCAUCCUCCCAUGGUCACGUAUCUCACUAUGGCCAGAAUGCUCAUCCAAAAGGAGGCAAAAGAUCCACUGUGGCUGGUCGUCUCAGGCCUCUACCGAUGAAACCUACACAGGACCACUAUCACAAAUGUGCUGUGAGUGUCCCAUGCAUUCAAACAACAAGCAUCUUCAGUGAGAAGAGUAGCAAUAAGGAAAUCAAAGGAGACAACCCACUCUCCCACAGAGCCCCAUUUGAGGAUAAGCCCAUCCCCAGCAGGGUCCGGCACAGAGGUUUUAAGGGGUGGACCAGGAAUAUAGCAAAUGCCCUGAUAAAGCUGUGUUGCUGCAUGCCAAGGAGAAAGAAACCUCGCCUGGGGCAGAACAGAAUCUCCCCCCAGAAAUGAGCCACAGGCAGAGUCCAGAGAACAAGCAGCAGGCAUAGCCCAGUGUCAUCUGGAAAUUCUUUCAUGUCCUCAGUAUAAACAGUAGGUGAUUUCAGACACAUGGCAAUGGAAAAGACACCAGCAGAAACUACAGCAGCAACAGGAGUAGCAACAAUAGCAGAAGCAGCAUUAGGCACAGCAGCAGCAGGAGGAGGAGAAAGAGGAGCGUAGGAGGAGGAGGAGGAGGAGGAAGAUGAAGAUAGGAGGAGAAAGAAGAGGAGGAGGAUGAAGAGAAGGAAGAGGAGGAGAAAGAGGAGCAUGAAGAGCAGGGGGAAGAUUUUGAUUCCCUGUCCCCGUCAGAAUUGCUGAUGACUAAUUCUGGACACAGAUAUCAUUCUGAGAACUGUUUAUCAAAAUGAUUUAACAGAAUAUUAAUUUUCAUAGAAGAUAUGUCAAUGUUCCUGAGGGCAUGCAGCCCUGGAAAAGAGAGCCAGAUGGCAGAGGCAAGCAAUGUGGAAUGUUCUUACUGAGGAAGACCUUCUCAAAGCUGAUGAUGUAAUAGGUAUG